AUGACGUUCUCCGGAGUCCUGGCGAUCAUGAUGUUGCUGGGCUGCGCCAGAGCCGCGCAACUUGACAUGGAGGAGCUUUCAAACGCGACGGGAUGGAUUAAAAUAUGUCAGAUCCAGGAUGGUAGCAGAGGUUCGUAUUCCUUUCCUUUGACAACAGGAGCUUAUGGAAGCAUCGCUUCGUCGAUUGGCUCAAGCCAUGCAAAGUAUUCAGACUCGGAUAUCAACUCAAUGGCCGUCGCGCGGGACGGUUAUUCGCACGUGUACCAAAUCAAGAGCUUAGAUUGUUCUUCGUACUUGUACGUCAGGUCGAACGACACGUACGUCGAUACAUCGCGAUCGUUCGGCCUUACACGAAGUAGUACCCGAGUCUGUUUGGCUCCAUCAUACGAAUCCUGUUCGACUUGGGCUACAUUACCUUGCACAUCACACGGCAUUGACCUGCUGUAUACGAGCCCUGGCCUCGGUGGUGAGUCAUGUUGCCGUUAUUUCUUUGGGCAUGGACAACUGGAUUGUUGGGGUGGCCCCUCAGGUUACCGCUGCGUGAACGGUGGCUCUGACUGCUCCAGCUAUAAGAAAUUGGAAGAUGUAGUGUUUUACGUCUGGGGGGUCAGCGCGGCGACGCCCAGCCCGACGCCGAACCCGACGCCGAACCCGACGCCGAACCCGACGCCGAACCCGACGCCGAACCCGACGCCGAGCCCGACGCCGAGCCCGACGCCAUACCCGACUCCAUACCCGACGCCGCAACCGACGCCGUACCCGACGCCCUACCCGACGCCCUACCCGACGUCUUACCCGGCGGCGUUCCCGACGCACCGCCCGACGCCCAGCCCAGGGCCCGGCCCGGCGCAUCCUCCAGGUUGGAUGCCCGUUGUGCCAUGGAGAUGGUGAGGGAUUGAGGAUAUGAGGAUCGCGACGGGGAUUACGAGCAACACGAAACGCAAUCAGAAGAGCGGUGCCCUGGCCUCGACGUAUAGGUCGAUCCCGUUGUCGGGGGCGUCGGGACUUUCACCGCCCCUCGGGCAAGCGACGCGCCCGUAUUAGGCGCAGAUCUGAUUGCGGUAAGGGGGGUCUCCUUUCCUCUCGUCUUCUCUCAUCUCCCCUCCCUUCCCCUCUCCUCCC